UCUCAUAAUUAUGUUCCAAUCGGAUAACCACAAAGCAACCUACUCCUUAAACCACUGUACUCGCCACUCACCUCAAAAACCCCACUUCUCCAGACGACGCCGUCUCGUCCGCUAACGAUCCCAAGAAGCGAGUAUUAUAAUUUUCAUUACUCUCGGCAUUAGGCCAAAUCCCAACAAUAAUCUCACCUUUUUCAACCCAACUUGUUCAAAAUCAAACGAAUCUCAAUCCCUCUUUCCGUCUCUCUCAACUCUCAAACUCUCUCUGCUUCUCCUUCUCCAAUGGCUUCCGCAGUGCCCGAAACCCUAAGCCGAGAACAGUAUGUGUACCUGGCCAAGCUCGCCGAGCAAGCCGAGCGCUACGAGGAGAUGGUGAGCUUCAUGGAGAAGCUGGUGGUGGGGUCCACCGCCGCCGGGACUGAGCUGACGGUCGAGGAGCGCAACCUGCUCAGUGUCGCCUACAAGAACGUCAUCGGCUCGCUCCGGGCGGCUUGGCGCAUAGUGUCAUCGAUCGAACAGAAGGAGGAGGGACGCCGGAACGAGGAACACGUGGCGCUCGUCAAGCAGUACAGAUCCAAGGUCGAGACUGAGCUCUCGGCCAUCUGCGCCGGAAUUCUCGAGCUUCUAGAGAAGCACCUUGUUCCAUCGGCUUCUACUGGAGAGUCCAAGGUCUUCUACUUGAAGAUGAAGGGCGAUUAUCAUCGAUACCUCGCUGAGUUUAAAAAUGGCGAUGAGAGAAAAACCGCUGCUGAGGACACCAUGGUUGCUUACAAGGCUGCUCAGGAUAUUGCGCUGGCUGAUUUGGCGCCUACGCAUCCGAUAAGGUUGGGGCUGGCGCUCAAUUUCUCGGUGUUUUACUACGAGAUCCUUAAUUCCUCAGAGAAAGCUUGUAGCAUGGCUAAACAGGCUUUUGAGGAAGCUAUUGCUGAGCUUGAUACGCUGGGAGAGGAAUCAUACAAAGACAGCACCCUUAUCAUGCAACUGCUGAGGGACAACCUCACUCUUUGGACUUCAGAUUUGCAGGAGCAGAUGGAUGAGGCUUAAGCACUGGAUUCUUAAUCUCCUUGAGGGAGGUGGGCUUGAAUGUCACAAAUAUUCUGUAAUCUGCCGACGACUCUAUUAUGUCCUUAUGUGCAUACCAUGUGCUCAUGUUGACAUGUUUCCUUCUAAUUUGUUUGGUUUGGUUAAUGAGUAGUAAGAUGAUUCCUAGUAUUUUUUUUUACGUGCUCCACUUUUAGCUUAUGAUACGAUUGGAAAAAAAAGAAUUGAGACCAUUCUGAUUCCAGAACGACACUCUCUAUCAUCAGUUUAGCGGCCUUAUUUUGAA